ACAUUUCCUUUGGCCGAGAAUGCAGCAUAAUACCUGUCUUUACGCCCACUUGCAGCGCUCUUCUCUCUACUGAUAAAUGUUUUCCUAAAUGUUGCUAAUCAGAUACAGCCUAUGCCUAUAAAAAAGAAAAGUGCAUUUCGUAGUCCCAAGGAAUGAACAGUACCAUUUUGGCUGUCACAAGCCUAGACAUGCCCAAUUGUAGAUCGAGUGAGCCUGGUUCGAAGGUUUCAGACCCACAGCAUUCCCAGAAACUACUCAGGGUCCUUCGCACUUUCUGGCAAGAGCAAAGUUUCCACGAUGCACUGCUGGUGGUUGAUGGAGAGGAGCUUCCUGUCCAGAAAAACGUCCUGGCUGCUGCUAGCCCAUACAUCAGGACCAAGCUGAACUACAAUCCUCCAAAGGCAGAUGGGUCUACAUACAGAAUCGAGCUGCAAGGGGUCUCCAUGGCCAUCAUGAAACAGAUCCUGGACUACAUCUUCAGUGGUGAAAUCACUUUGAGUGAAGAGACCAUCCAGGAGACGGUGCAGGCAUCUGACCUGCUCCUCAUGACCGACCUCAAGUCCCUGUGCUGUCAGUUCUUAGAGAGCUGCAUCACUGCAGAGAACUGCAUUGGCAUCCGGCUCUUCUCUCUGCACUAUUGCCUUUACCAUGUCCACUAUGCCGCUACCGAGUUCCUGCAAACACAUUUUCGUGAUGUGGCCCUCACUGAGGAGUUCAGGGAGCUGCCACCGCACCGGCUCUGUGAGGUGCUUGCCAUGGAAAAAUUAAAUGUGGGCAAUGAAAAGCACGUGCUGGAGGCUGUGGUGCGAUGGUUUGCACAUGACCCAGAGGAUCGCAGGGUACACAUAAAGGAAGUGAUGUCUGCUGUAUGGCUGCAGGGCCUGGACACGAGCUACCUGAGAGAGCAGGCCAUGGGGGAGCCACUGAUGAGGGAGGUGAUCACAGAGUACUGUCAGCCGAUGCUCGGGGAUGGUCAGUUGCAGGGUGAGGCUCUGCUUGCCGCCUUCAAACCGCGAGGUUACUCUGAGUGUAUUGUUAUCGCCGGAGGAGAGGAUCGCAAAAGCAGGAAGCCGACUGCUGUGACGCGCUGCAUGUGUCCACUCUAUGACACCAACAGACAGGCCUGGAUCGAGCUGCAGGCAAUGAGUAUCGCCCGCCUCGGCCACGGGGUGGUUGCUGCCGAGGGUUUUCUGUUUGUGAUGGGAGGAACUGAUGAACACAACGCAGUCAUGGACAGUGGAGAGAAAUAUGACCCUGACUCAAACACCUGGAGCUCCAUACCCCCAAUGCUUCAGGCUCGUCAGAACUUUGGUGUGGUGGAGCUGGACGGCUUGAUCUACGUUCUUGGAGGAGAGAAUGAAGUAACGGAGCUGAUCACUGUUGAAGUGUUUGACCCUCACUUCAAUACCUGGAAGAUGCAGACCAGUAUGACCAUGAUCCGAAAGGUCGGCUGCUAUGCCUCCAUGAAUAAGAAAAUCUAUGCCAUAGGUGGAGGUUCCUAUGGGAAGCUGUUUGACUCUGUUGAAUGCUUUGACCCCAAAACCCAGCAGUGGACUGGCCUCUGUCCUCUGAAAGAAAGAAGGUUUGGAUCGGUGGCGUGUGGCGUUGGCCAGGAGCUCUAUGUGUUUGGUGGAGUUCGAAGCCAAGAGCCUGACAACCCCGAGGAAAGGCACAUGACGACCUGCAAAUCUGAGUUCUACCAUGACGAGAUGAGGAGGUGGAUGUUCCUCGACGACCAAAGCCUGUGUAUCCAGACCAGCUCUUCCUUCGUCUACGGUGCUGUGCCCAUCGGAGCCAGCAUCUAUGUUGUGGGAGACCUGGACACAGGUAUGAGCUUCGACUAUAUCCGGGAGUUUCGUCGCAGCACUGGGACAUGGCAUCGCACCAAGCCUAUGUUAUCCAGCGACCUCUCCAAAACAGCCUGCACUGCCCUGCGCAUCGCCAACUGUCGACUGUUCCGCCUUCAGUUGAGCCAGGGCAUGUUUCGUAUCAGAGUCUGACUUCAGGACACCAGCUAGUGACCCUGUGUCAUGUCCAUACUUCUCCACUUUUGCACUGGUACUUUCUACCUGUUGUAGGUCUGGGUUUUAGGAAAUUUAUCAGCACUAAAGUAUUAUAGUCGCUAGAUGUUGGGGAUUGUGAAUAUCCGUUCAGGGGUUUAUACUCAAGACCCUUUUGCUGUAUGACUUGACAGGACGAAAAGUUAAUCUAAACACAUUUUUAACAUUAUGUUAUGUGGUUAUUUUAUUAACAUACAUUUUUUUCAUUUUAAUGUGGGAUUUGAUCAUUUUUAUUUAUAUUUUAAUGGACAUUCCUCAUUUGUAAUGUUUACUGGUGAUCUGUUGCUUGGUGAGGGAUUUAAACUGUAAACAAUACUUGAUAAAUUAACUGCCACAUUCACUUGAACGAAUUAUGAUGCAUAUUUUAGAGGAAACAGUUUAACAGUUCUGCUGUGGUGCAAUCGGCAUUUUAAGACAUAUUAUGCUGUUUGGUGGUGUAUUGUUCAUCUUUCUGGCCAAAUUUAAAAAAACAUAAACAUUUGUCACGAAAUUUUCAGCAGCUGCAUUGGGUAGAAAUUCUUCAGUCAUAUAAAUCUUAAGUGGGAAGUCAGUCCCCCAAAGAGCAAGGGGAGGUUUUGCAGCAGUCACAUGGGGAGAAAUGCUUUUUUUUCUGCUACCAGCCUCAGUAUAUACCAGAAUGCAAUGCAACCACAAGACAAGGCAUUUUGAAUAAAGGCCCCUACACACUGCACAGUAACAGCGUGUUUAAUGCAUGUCACACUAUCCGAGAUGGCUCUAAUAAAAUCUUGGUCACAAUCUGUGUUAGACUAUACAGAAUCAAUUUUGGGUCAUCAGAUUGUGAUGAGUGAGUGGUUAUUGCUUCAAUGUAAAUAGAGAAAAAAUGUGCAAGUAGCGAGAUAUUGUCAUCUCCCAUCAUCGAUGUGCGCUUCCGUUUUUGUUCGGAAAUGCAGCAAAACAAAAAUCCAACUUGUGGCCAUUGCGUGGGCACUUUGUUUUUAUUUGUAGCUUUAUCAAAAAGUGUCACUGACAAAAUUGCAUAUGCCAGUGUAUGCUGCACUACUGUUUGUCAUAUUCUGAUUGGUUGGUUUGUGGAUUUUGGCCAUAUCAUUGUGAGAAUUUGUUCCUAAC